AUGCUGACUUUGACGUUCACCUGUUGUGUUCUUCUAAUCUACCUGCUUUCAAACUCGGUAAAGAUGACUGACGAAAAUCAGCAGCUGGUUCUGGAGCAGCAAUGGCGGCAGGCGUGUGCAAGUGCGCGGGUCUGCGCUAGAGGGCGCCAUCGGGCCGUGUGUGGCAGUAAUGGCCGGCUCUAUAAAUCUCUCUGUUUAUUCCAACGAGCGCAGUGUAUCAACAGACAGCUGAAGACAGCCAAAAUGUCCACAUGCACAGCUGAUGCGCUGAAGUCUAAAUGUCAGCUGGCUCGAUCUCAAGCUCUCCACGCCAGUGCUCGCUCUGAUCCUUUCGAUAUCUUUAUCCCAGAAUGCAAAGCUGAUGGAACUUACAAAGAGUGUGAGUCUGAACAGCCAUGCUGCGUUGUGCUGCGUCAUGCUGUCACGCCACAGUUUCACUCCAAAAACUUGAACGUGUUGUCCUCCAACUCCUCGAUGGUUGGCAUCAUCUCUUCACAGGUCUUGGAAUUUCAUCAAUGCCACUACACAAUCUGUAGAGGCCCCGGGAUGAGAGUGACAGUACCUCCAUUUUGGCUGCUUAUCCUGUUAAACGCUGCUCCUCCUGGAAAUGGCUCAGACAGGCGAUCUGCAGACUCUCUGAUGACCUGCCAAAAUGAGAGAAUCUCUCUACUCAAAGCUGCCGUUCAGGCCUCAGAGGAGCGCUUUAUCCCAGAAUGCACUGCAGAUGGGAGCUACAGAGUGGUGCAGUGUCACAGCGGGACCGGAUACUGCUGGUGCGUGAGACCGGAUUCAGGACGACCCAUACCGGGCACUGCUGACAGGACUCCUGGCGUCUCCUCUUCUCUUCAGACUCUCCAUCAGUAUUUCUCUGGUCUGGAUGCAGAUGCUGAUGGUUUUUUAAGUGAGCGUGAGUCUCGUCCUCUCCGUCUUCUGAUCCGCAGAGCUCUUCAUCCUCGCCGUUGUGCUAAAAAACUCCUGCAGUCCUGCGAGCGAACCACAGAGCGCGGCUUCAGCCCUCAACAACUCACUGCCUGUCUUGGCUUCUAAACAUAAACAUUGUUGAAGAAGAAGAGGUCUCAGUGGAAUGAUCUGAGGCUUGGGUUUGACCUUCAUCUGUGCGACUGCAGCGCUCCAUCACUUUCUGAAUCCGUGUUUCAGCUCUCGCCGCUCUGACCUUUUCACUCAUGCAAGUCCAAACACUGCGCCUUUCAC